GCUUUGUUAUUUGGUUCUCUACUGCACAGAAAUAGAUAGAAUUCUGACAGCCAUCAUUGUUAAACAUCAGGAUUUUCUCAGAGGACAGACUUAACAGUAACAUCAUGGCCUCAGCAGGACUCCAGCUCCUUGCUUUCAUCCUGGCCUUAUCCGGGGUCUCUGGAGUGCUCACAGCCACUCUGCUGCCCAACUGGAAGGUGAAUGUGGAUGUGGACUCCAACAUCAUAACAGCCAUUGUACAGCUGCACGGGCUCUGGAUGGACUGUACGUGGUACAGCACUGGGAUGUUCAGCUGUGCCCUGAAACACUCCAUUCUGUCCCUCCCCAUCCACGUGCAGGCUGCGAGAGCCACCAUGGUCCUGGCGUGUGUUCUGUCUGCUUUGGGGAUCUGCACUUCCACAGUAGGAAUGAAAUGUACUCGCUUAGGAGGGGACAGAGAAACCAAGAGCCAUGCUUCCUUUGCUGGAGGAGUCUGUUUCAUGUCUGCAGGAAUCUCUAGUUUAAUCUCGACAGUGUGGUACACAAAGGAGAUCAUAGCAAACUUUCUGGAUCUGACAGUUCCAGAAAGCAACAAACAUGAACCUGGAGGAGCUAUCUAUAUCGGAUUCAUUUCUGCAAUGCUGUUGUUUAUCUCUGGCAUGAUUUUCUGCACCUCCUGUAUAAAAAGGAAUCCAGAAGCUAGACUCGACCCACCCACACAGCAGCCUAUCUCUAACACACAGCUCGAGAACAAUUCCACACACAAUCUGAAGGAUUAUGUGUAAAUAACUGAGUAAUGCAUAUGAAAUGGAACUUUUGGGUGCCAAAUGGGACUUUUAGAUGAAAAAAAAUCAGAAUUAUGCUUAACUUUCCCUACAAAGAAAGUAGAAUGUAAAAUACUUUAACAACUACAAGGUAGUUUAAAAUGCCAAUGAAACUAUCAUAUACAAUUA